AUGUAUUCAUUUAAUGAAUUUAAUACUGGUUUUACCAUACUACUACUAAUAUUGUAAACUAGCUAAUAGCUUUUUCAACUCGAUUAGAAUGCACAAUAGAUAUCCCUAAAUAGUAAAUGGUAUCCAGUUGAUUAAUAUAUUGGUACACUUUUUAAAUAUAGUCCUUUGUGUGAUAUAUCUCAUAUAGGAGCUGUCCAAAGAAACUAAACUAAUUCUUAUUUAUUAUAUUUAGGAUAUGAAAGACUCUCAGAAACGUUACUUUUCAUUCAUUAUGUAAAAUUUCAUCCUGAAGAGAGGAAAAUUAUACAUAUUGUUAAAUUAAACUUGAAAAGUGAGAUUAUGGAGGAAGAGUUUGAAUUUGAUUUUAAUGAUUAUGAAGGUAAAUGGUAUAUGCAAUACAUGUAUUAUGAUAUAAUUUAGAGAAAAAUUAUAUUAGGGUUCAUGUCGAAAGAAUAGAAAAUAGAAAGAAGUUUAAGCUCUUCAAGCUUUUUCGACCAAGAGUUUAAAUUCAUCCUUGGGGGAAGUUUAUAGGUAAAAUAUUUUUGCUAUUUUAAGAGUUUUGAAAACAGCUUUAAAUAGGAUUAUCUAUUGAGCAGUUUUCCUGGGAAAAUGAAAUUAAUAUUUUUAGAAUAGAAUGACAGAAAAGAAUUUUAUAUUACCAAUUUGAAAGCUUGCGAAUCAAAUUUUGAAGCUAUAAUGAAUGAAUUUUAUAAUUUUAAGUCAUAAUUCUUAAAAUUACAAGUUGAUUAAGAAUAAGAAAAUCAAUAUUUAAUAUAAUUUUGGGUUCAACUUGAUGAUGUUAUGAGAGAAAUUUAAACAAUUUAAAUAAUUAGAAUGUAUGUUAAGUAUCAAUUAAACACAGAAAAAUAAAUAGAGUUGACAAGUUUUUAGAUAAGUUAUUUAAGCGACAAUUCAAAAUGGUAUUAUUGUCUUUAAUUCUAUUCCUAUAACUAUCCUUUCAUUUUUUCAACAGAUUAAAUUUAGGAUUUUUCGAAGAUACAUAAAUAUGAAAUUGAAAUUGAAUUUCUAACUUCUUGGCAUUUUAUUUAGGUUAGCUACUAAAAUAAGUAAAUCAAUUAUAUAAUGAAAAACUUCUUAUUAAAUAAAUAGCAUAUCAAUUAAUUUGAAAAAGUAAAUUAGUUUUCAUGUUCAAGAUUUACAGUUACUUUAGGAUAAAAUGAUAGCGAUCAUUUACUGAGUGGCCAAAUAUAAAAUCUAAAAUAUCUAAAUUGUCCUUCCAUUAAUACUUCAUUUGACCAUUGUCAUCAUUCUUGUUAAACUUGUUAUGGCCCUAAUAGUAAUCACUGCUGGUCAUGCGAUGAAACAAAAAAUAGACUAUUCAAUCCACAAACUAAUACUUGUAGAUGCAAACUAUGGUACUUAGAUUUAGAUGAAGUUUAAUGUCAUGGAUAAUCUGAAUUUAAUUUAAUAGAAACUGAAAUCUAAUUACCAUAAGAUAAAAAGUAUGAUGAGAUUGAACCAAUAAUAUAAUGUGCUUUUGGGUACUUUCGAUAUUUGGAUCAAUGCAUAUAGUGGUAUUAUUUAUUUAAUAAUAAGUCCAUCUGCAUCAUAAAAGGGAUCUAUAUAAUGUAUCAAUUGUCUAUUAUUUCCUAAUACAUGGGUUUAUAGUGGCAAGUGUUUUGAAUAAUAUCAGUAAUUAGAUAGGAAUGAAUAAAAUACUUAUCGAUAUAUUUCUGAUAUUAUAUCACCAGAAUCGAAUUUUUAUUUAAUGAUUGAUGAGGAAUUAUUUGCCUGCGAUGAUUGUCAAUUUUGUUCAAAGGAAGAAUAUUUGGAAGAAUAAGGUACUGGAAUUACCUAUUGUAUAUUAUAUCCUUUAAAACAUAUGAACGAAGAUACAUAUAUAUUAUGUUUAGCUGGAAAUUUAGACUAUGAAACUUUUAAAUGUUAUUCGAAGAGACCUGUAAAAUUAAAUUAUGGAUCUUACAGAGGUACAUGUAAUGAAUUUUGCGGUUACUGUGCCUUAAGAAAUUGUUAAUAUUGCAAAGAUUCAUCUCUUUACUUUAGUGAUUGGUAAGGAAUAUGUAGAGUAUGUAAUAUAGAACACUGUAAGUAUUGUUUUUCAUACAAUUAAUAUGAUUUGAAUUAAGUAUCUGCAAGAAAAUCUCCUUUAACUAAACUAUAAUCUAAUUUCGAAGAAGAUUAUAUAAUAGGAUGUUCACUUUGUCAUUCAGGGUAUAUAUUUGAUUUUACUAUAAAUUAAUGUAUAAAGAAGAAUUUAUAAUAUCCAUGCUUAAAUGCUUUUAUCAAAUAAGAUAAUGAAUUAAUUUGUACUAGUUCAUCAUUGAAAGCUCGAAUAAUUGAAGAAGCUUAGGAAACAAUUGGUUGUUCAACAUUUUUCUAAUAUUGUGUUAGAUGUGUUUCUGAUAAUUUUAAGAUGGUUUAAUGUACAAAAUGUCAAGAUGGGUACUAUCUCAAUUUUUUGAAUGGAAUUUGCAUGCCAUGUUCUAAUAUUAUAGAACAUUCAACAAAAUGCUAAAUGCUGACUUCUUCUUAUGAUGCUUGGAAGUAUGAUGUUAUGAGUUUCUACAAUAACUUUUUGCCUGAUAAAGUUCCAAUCUUGGUAGCAGGAUAUUAUUUUAUAGUAUAUUAUAUUGUAGAUGAAUGUGAAUAGGGUUAUAUUAAUGAUUAUAAUGAAUGUAAAAUUGCAAAUGAUAAAUACUGUUUAAAUUGGCUUAUUGAUAAUAAUGGAGUUGUAUGUAAGACAUGUAAAUCUUAAUCAAAUUAUUAUCGAUCGUCAUCAUUUUUCAAUAAAAAAUGUCAAAUGUGCCCAUAUCCUUGUAGUAUUUGUUAAGAAAGAACACAAGAAGAGAUAAAUCAGAUAAAUCCUUAUUUUAUUGUUAAUGAACAUACAAUAAACUAAACAUAUUAUUGUAUUAAGAAUUUUGACAAUUAGCAAACUUAUAUACAUUAAAAGUUAGGUUUGA